AUGCCUCCCAAGAAAGCUUCCACCGCUGGCGCGACCAAGAAGACUGCCUCUGGCCACGCUUCCUAUCGUGAUAUGAUCAAGGAUGCUAUCCUGAAUCUGAAAGAGCGUAAUGGCAGCAGUCGCCAGUCGAUCAAGAAAUAUGUCCUGGCCAACAACAAAAUUGCCGUUGUCACCCAGGCUGCUUUUGACAGCCAGUUCAACAAGGCCAUCAAGGCCGGUGUUGAGAAGGGAGAGUUCACUCAGCCCAAGGGUACUUCCGGUCCCGUGAAGCUUGCCAAGAAGGAACCUGCUGCCAAACCUGCUGCUAAGAAGGCUACUACUGCUUCUACCACCAAGGCUGCUGCCGCUCCUAAGAAGGCCGCUGCUGCUAAGAAGACCGAGAAGACCGAGAAGGCCGAGAAGGCUGAGAAGCCUGCGGCUAAAGCUACCACCAAGAAGGCCGCCGCCACUACGAAGAAGGCUCCUGGCAAACCCAAGGCCAACACUGCCAAGCCUCGCAAGGCCUCUACUGCCGCCCCCGCCGUUGUCGACCAACCCAAGGUCAUCUCCACGACCAAGUCGGGCCGAGUGACCAAGACGACAGCUAAGCCUGCUGAGAAGGCCACCAAGAAGCGGGCGACAAAGGCGACAGCAGCCAAGAAGGCCGAGAAGGCUGAGAAGGCCGAGUAG